GCCGGAGCGCGGCCGCGGCCGGGGACGGGGCCGGGGCGGCCCGCGGGGCAGCGGCGGAGCGGCGGCGGCGGGAUGGUGAUGUGAGGCGGCGCGGAGCCAUGUCGGGGUGCGCGUGGGGCGCGGCGCCGCCGCUGCUGGAGGCGCUGGGCCGGCUGUGGGAGGUGCAGGCGCCGCUGGGCAGCGGCUCCUCGGCCUCGGUGUACCGGGUGCGCUGCUGCGGGGACCCGCGGGCCCCCCCCGGCGCCGUCAAGGAGUUCGUGCCGCCCCCGGGGCCGCGGCCCGGCCCCGCUCGCCGCCCCGGCGCCCGCCCGCCCGCCGCCGACUGCGCCGAGUACGGGUUCCGCAAGGAGCGCGCCGCGCUCGAGCAGCUCCGCGGGCACCGCAACAUCGUGACUCUGUACGGUGUGUUCACCAACCACUACUCUGCCAACGGCCCGUCUCGCUGCCUGCUGCUGGAGCUGCUGGACAUCAGUGUGUCCGAGCUGCUGCUGCACUCCAGCAACCAGGGCUGCUCCAUGUGGAUGAUCCAGCACUGCGCCCGAGACGUUCUGGAAGCCCUGGCUUUCCUGCACCACAAAGGCUACGUGCACGCAGACCUCAAGCCACGCAACAUCCUGUGGAGCGCAGAGGAGGAGUGCUUUAAGCUCAUUGACUUUGGACUUAGCUUCAAAGAGGGGAAUCAGGAUGUGAAAUAUAUUCAAACAGACGGGUAUCGGGCUCCAGAGGCAGAACUGCAGAACUGCCUGGCACAGGCAGGGCUCCAGAGUGAGACAGAAUGUACCUCUGCUGUGGAUCUGUGGAGUCUGGGAAUUGUUUUACUGGAAAUGUUCUCAGGAAUGAAACUGAAACAUACAGUCCAAUCUCAGGAAUGGAAGACAAACAGUUCUGCCAUCAUUGAUCGUAUAUUUGCCAGUGAAGGGGUGGUUAAUUCAGCCAUUCCAGCUUAUCACCUCAGAGACCUUAUCAAAAGCAUGCUUCAUUGUGACCAAGGCAAGCGAGCCUCCGCUGAGAAGGCUUUAUGCAGCCCGUUCUUCAGCAUUCCCUUUGCUCCCCAUAUCGAAGAUUUGGUGAUGCUCCCCACGCCUGUGCUGAGGCUGCUAAAUGUUCUGAGUGAUGCUUCUCUGCAGUGCGAAGAAGAAUAUGAAGAUAUCCUGGAAGACAUAAGGGAGGAGUGUCAGAAAUAUGGACCGGUGGUUUCCUUGCUUAUUCCAAAGGAGAAUCCUGGUAAAGGCCAAGUCUUUGUUGAAUAUGCAAAUGCUGGUGAUUCCAAAGCUGCCCAAAAAAUGCUGACUGGAAAGAUUUUUGAUGGCAAGUUUGUUGUGGCUACGUUUUACCCACUGAGUGCCUAUAAGAGAGGAUAUCUGUACCAAAACUUGCUGUAGGCAGUAGCAACAAUCAGGAGAGUUGUCUUGCUCCUCUUCCUCACAUGUUUUAAAGUUGAAUGUGCAAAAGAUCUUCCUAGCCCUGCUUUCGAGUCAUCUGUGAAGGAGAGAUGCGAAGGACUUGAAUGGGCUUUGAAACCUUUACUGCUGCUUUGUGAUGUGCCGAGGAGGCCGGGAUGGCUUUCAGCGUGUGCCUGUGUGUGUGUUGUGCUUGCUCAUGUGCAGGGGGUGUGUGGCUCUGCCCUGGUGGGCGCUCGCAUGGCAGGAGCGGUGACGGUGGGAGCCCGGCAGGCCGAGCAGACCUUGGCAACCUCUCUUCAGCGAUUUGCAGUGAGACCAAAGUCUUGGCCUUAGCACUGGACUUGGCUCUAGGGAGAGAGUUUCUCUGUUAAGCUUUCCUAUAACUCCAGUGCUGGGGAGGAAGAAGAGGAGGAAGGCUUCCCCGCUUUUUGUUGACACCUAUAAUAAAUAAAGAAGCAAAACCAGCAUCCUCUCUAAAGCAGACCAGGAGGACUUUUGAGUCUUCUCAUCACGUAGAGCAGAGGGAGGCUGUGAAAUCGGAUCUGCUGAGCCUAUGGGGUUGCCCUGUCACCGUGAGCCAAGCAGAGUCAUCCAACUGACCUGGCACAGACAUCUGUGCUGAGGCAAUGAGAUGUGGGUGACAAUGCCUGUGGGGAGCUGAGCUUGCUUGUAUGCCUGGGGUGGGCCGGGACUGGUGGUGGAUAGCAGGUCAGAGCAGUGGCAGCCUCAGUCCCCACACAACCUGUAAGCACUUUGUAGCCUGAGGUGAUGUGAAAACCCUGCCAUGUGGAGUCAUCUUUCUAGCACAUACCCUGUGCUGGCACUGAUGCUCCCUAGCUCUGAUGCCAAAUCAUCUGUAAUACAUAAGCAUCUUUAGGUGAUGUUUUUGGAAAGGAGUGCUACAGCACGCAGUAUUCUUUGUGUCUCAGCAGGACUCCUGCCCUUCCAGUCUUAUAAGAACAAAUAUUUGUCUGUUGUAGGUCCCAUGCUUGGCUUUUCUGUGAUGUGCGUUUUGGUUUUGCAUUAACCCAUUAGACUUGUAGAUUAGAAGCACUGACACUUUUGGUCCUUCAUAGGUUACACAAAGGGCCUGAGGCAAUCUGAGAUCCUGUAUGGAAAGGGCUUAAUCAGUCAUCAGACUUGACUGGCCAGGAGAAGGUCUUUCCCACUGUCAGGGACAACAGCCAUGUGCUUUUGGGGAAAAAGCACUGGGCCAGCAGCACCGCUGCUCCCCCCAGAGCACACUUUGGUCAUGUGGCUGCAGUGCUCAGGCAGACACUGCACAGCUGCUGGUGUGGGGUUGGCAGUGACUUGUUUCCCAGGGGUGUCCAAACCUGUAACCCAGCAGAGCCUUUCCCUGCAGGGUAGGCACUUUGCUCCUGAUGAGCACAGGGUGAAACAGCCCUGCUUAGAGGGUGACCAGCUUGUGGCUGGUGGUGGCUUGUGACCCUGGUACCAGUUUUAGUGAGGAGGAGAGCCCUCCUGAAUUCUUUUCUCCAGCUGAAAUACUUGUGGGCAGCUGCCUGAACCAUCCUUGACCUUCCCUGGAAUAAUACCUGAAUUACCUUGCAGUUUACUGUUUGCAUCUUGCAGAUGCUGGACUUGCUGGAAUCCUGCACUUAAAAGUUCCUGUUGAUUUUUUGCCCUGUGUGUGGUGUGUCAGAAGAUCCAAUGUCUGUAGCAUUUCACAAGUCUGAGUUUCCUCUCUGUGCUGGUGUGUAGUCCUGUCUACUGUGGCCCUUCCCAAACUCCCCCUGAAAGGACCAAUCUCUGAAUUCUUCUAUUGCCUUUGAGAUGGUGGGCUUGCCAGGGAAAAAAAAAUGCCACAAUGAGUUUUAAGGUGUGAUUUGCUGAUCACAUUUUUCUGGGAAUGAUGCUAUUUUGGUGUACAUAGCUGUUAACCAGCUUUGGGGUGUGUGAUUCAUUGCUUUUAAUUUAACUGUCCUUGCAGUGAAGCACCUUUUAGUGUCGGGGAGGAACUGGAUGAUUAACUGGGUGAGGGUUUUUCCUAUGUGAAGAGCAGUGUUUAAAGUAUUGGUAGGCAUUGACUGACUGCCUCAGCUCUGUGUUGUUGCUGUCCCUGAGGGGCUGAGCCAGGGGUCAAAGCACUUUGGCCCAGACUUACACAUGUUGAAUGCCAUCGUGUCAGCAGCAUUAAGCUGGCAGGAACAAACCUGAGAGUUCCUGCCCUGCUGAGUGCCACCCACCUGGGGACACAGGGAGCUCCCCUGGGUGCUGUCACCUACAGCAGUACCAGGACAGGGAGAUGUUGAGGUGCAGGUGCAGAACUUGAAUGUGUUUUAAGUUCUCACAUGCAUUUCUCUAGGACCGUGAGCUGCUCUGUCAUCUUUCAAGCAUAUCUUUUUCAGUCAGAAUUAUGCUUUCAGGCAGAAUUUUCAACAAAAGAGCUGUGCCAGGAUUAAUCUUUAGAGAGGAGCUACAGCCUGUUCCUGCAGCAUGGUAGAGCUCCUCCACUAGAGUUUGGAUGGGGUUUUGUUCAGCUGCUUUAAUAGAACCUACAUGAAUCCUCCAGAUGCAAACUUCUGCUAUCAGGUCUUUUUCUCUUGAUGUUCAUUGACCAGGCUUGAGCACUGAGCUGGGCAAAAAACCCAGAGCUGCUUUUCAUUUUCCUUCUGGCGAGAGCUGAAGAUGCUGAUCUCUGUCCUGUCACUGGAUCCACCCCUCUGCAGGCUGUGGGGUACAGGGAGAUUUCGAUGCAUUUUAUUGUUAUUCCUCACCCUCUGCCUUCAAAGACUUUCUCCCAAGAUGAGGCUUACUCUGGUGUCUCAGCAACCUAGUGGUGGCUUGGUUAAAACCUGUGAGUUUCUUAACUCUAGAUUGUAUCUCAAGUGUGAGUGGUGAUUCAGUCCAAGGUGUCUGUCGUGGCAUGUGCCUGGAUGGGUCUGGCUUUCCUUGUCUCUAGAUUACUGCCUGCUUGAGGUGCAGAAGUGUUGAGGCUUUCCACUCAGAUGCUUGCUGGGUUUCCUGGUCUGUGCUGCUCCCUCUCACUAGCCCUUGGUGUAGCACCGACCUAUGUAGUCCUACCUUAGUCGUAGGGUAACUGGUGUUUAAGUCACUGGCCAAAGCACAAGUCAGCUCUGAUUUCAGCUGUAUUCCUAAUUUUAUUCUCACUGGUCUUCAGCCUCCUAACAACAUAGCCUAACAACAGGCACCAUGUUGCACCCGGGUUGUCUUUCCAGAGGGUUCAGUACACUUCCUCCUGCUGUGCCGGAUCCUGUAACCACGUGCCUCCCUUCGGGUUAGAUGUCAACUGUUGUAUCUCAUCAUGCACCCUUGCUGAGCAGAUGUGUGCUUGAUACAGGUGAUUAAUAAACGAUGCUUCAGUAGAAA